UCGCGACUCGACGCGCCGAGCCCAAAGUGCUAUCGCCAAUUUUCUGUGCAUCAUUGACGGCCCCAAACGUUGCCUCCCUGCCCCGAGCACCUCCAAACGACUUGCGGCUCCAUUUGAUGGAGCUGCUCGCACCAUGGAUUCUCGCGAGCCGCUUUUUGUCUACAAGGAGACCCGCCUGAACCUCGAGCCGUCGCUGAGCACCACCGUCCACAUCCACCUGAAGUCCUCCAACGGAGCUGGCCACUCGUCACGGAGCAAUGGCCGGUCGUCGGAAGACGAGCGCGCGUACCGCGUCAAGGGGCUCGCUUCCGCAUCGGCCGUCUUCUACCGCCAGCAUCAUAGCAGCCCCAGGGCUUUUCUGUGGAGGAUACUGGACGGUGGGCGCAUUCUGAGCUUGCAGGCAGCCGAUAUACACAGACAGGAAAAGGUCGUCGAUGCGCCGCUCACCGUCCACGUCCACUUCCCCUCUCCCUUGAAGCCGAACUGCGUCGCCCUCGCCGACCCAAAAAACCUCGACGCCUUGAGCAUCUUCGCCUUCGACGAGUCCAACAACCUACACUCGCUCCUCCUCAAGUCCGACGUCUUCCGAAAGCGGUCCGCCUCCGAAGCGGUGAACCCGGCCGAUACGCCGAAGCCGUUCCUCCCCGCUGCGCUGGGAUUCAAGCACGUGCAUCGGCUCGUUGCGGUCAACACGGACAGGCUCCUGGCCACUCUGCACGACGGCGGUCUGCUCGUGUUCGACAGGACACACGGCCAUGAUGCUGUAACGCCAUGGAAGGAGACGUUCUACAACUCCUCCGGCUGGACACAGGGUCUACGCAACCUGCUCCCGUUCCAGAGCGGGCCCACGGUCAGAUAUGGCAAGGUCAACAUGGACCUCACAGCCGCGACGUCCGUGGCCGUGACUUCGAUGGGCAUGCAGAAAACGUCCUUCAUGUUUACCGUCUGUCUCGACCAUCGAAUGAGGAUCUGGAACGGUAGCGGCGCCAUCCUUUUCACCGGCGACAUUCUGAACUCGGAGCGCAACCCUCAAGAGGUGGGGAAAUGGACCAUAGACCCUUCUCAGUCGAAUCUCGUUCGGGUGCUGGAGUGUGCGGAGGGUCAUUGUUUGUGUGUGACCUAUUCUCCCAUCGGCACCGGCGCCUUCAAGGUCUGGAAGGUUGCUGCCUCGAGUCCCGACUCUAUCAUUGUCAAGGAUAUGUUUCCGGACCACAACCUCGCCCCGCCAGCUCCAUCGUCGUCUGACAUCUGGACCCUCGCCGACUUUGGCCUAACCCAAGAUCCCCUGUGCGCGAAUCGGCUAUGGGUCCUGUGGAAGAACAACCUGACCUAUCGGGUGCAGAAAGUCGACUUCAAGCUUGAUACCAUCGAGGCGGCUUGGGCAAACGAAUGGGUCGACGUUUUUGCGGACCAUACCGCGCCCCCGGCUCAGAGCGCGAAUCCUUGCGACCCCACAGAUGCGACGGAAAAGUGGCUGCAGAUAAUAUUUGCCCCCGGCCGCUUCACGCGCAGCAUGUUGGAGACGGCCCUCGCUAUGUACGAGGGCGGAGUCGGUUCUGCAAAGACCAGCUCGGGCAGUGGCAAGAAGAGCUUGGUCGAGUCUAUCUGCACAGUUCUUGGGUCGACGGCAACCCUUGAACGAGACUCGGCCGGAGAGAUAGACUACGGGCAGUUCAGGGCCACGAGUGAAAUCCACUGGCGGCGCUUCUACCGGCUGCUCGUCGAACUUGACAAGCAGCGUGGAGAGGCAUUGUCUCUGGCGGUCGACCCUGUCUCGGGCCUCACGUGGGUCGUUUGCGCAGACUGCGUCUCUGUGGUGCGGGCGUGCAGCAAGCUGGAGCGAGUUUAUCACAACCUAUCCUCCCCCGAGAGCAAUUACCAGGCGACGUCGUGCCUGUUGACAGCAGGGACAUCAUUCCUUGCUAGCUUCUCCGAUAACAUGCUCCAGAUGUGCGCGGCAGCCCUGCGCGCCGAGCUGUCGGAGGACUCGUCCAAGACCGACUAUGAGCGGAUCCAACACUUUUCUGAAAAGUCGGGCUUCUGGCGGCUGGUCACGGAUGAGGACUGCGCCCAGGUUCUAGAGUCUCUGGGUGACGGUUUCAAGCUCGUGAGCUUUGAUCUCUACCGGUCCCUAUUCUCACUCGUUGGCGAGACCGAUAACGCCCAAGCCCGUGAUGUCCGCGACCCCUUUACCGAAUUCGGCAGGAAGCUGGUCGUCAAGGGAACGCGAGACACUGCGGAGCUACACUGGCGCAUACUCUUCAGCCAAGUCAUUCUUCUGGUCCACAUGGAGAAUGAACAGGACAACGAAGAGGACGCAAUACACUCGAGGCUCGACAUUGGCCAGGUUUACAGACAACUGAUCCUGGCGCUGCGGAGGUUAGAGCUCGUGCGAUGGCUGGCAAAGACCGAGUUGAGCGUGCCGCUACCAAAAGUGGACCGUUCCAACGGGUUACAACAGCUUGCAAACACCUCCCCUGCCCCGUCGCAUAAGUCGGGAGACGAGACACACAUCAUCUCGACGUUGGAGGCCAGCAUCAGCCACCUUCUCGGCCUCUCCGAGCCGAGCGGGGAACCGAUGGCCGCUAUUUUGACCGACGUAAUGACCGACAUCUGCGCUCCGGACAGCAACAUGGAGCUCUCCACUGCGAGAACCCAGUGUCUUCUUCUCAAGCGUGAUCGCCCGGACCUUGCGAUAGAGCUGGGGGCUUUUGCCAAGCAGGACCCAUUCUCCACCUAUGUACAGGGGCGCGUGGCUCUUGCACUCAGGGACUACGAUGUGGCCUUGGUGCACUUCAAGAAAGCAGCAAUCGGCAUGAGUGUCCCAAUGAAACAUGCCGACCGGCAUAGCAUGGGUCUGCUCGACGACACGGAGUGGAAUCUUCUCAACAACGGGCUUCCCAACUACUACGCUCACAUAGUCUCGCUUUACGAGAGGCAAAAGGCAUACUCGUAUGUUGCCAGCUUCGCACGGCUGUCGCUCCAGUUCGCCAAUGGCCAGGACCCGGCGUCGGCCUCGACUCGGGCAGAGAUGCUCAGCAGGCUAUUCGUCUCCGCGACGGCGAUAUCCCGAUUCGACCUGGCGCACACGGCGCUUCUUUCCAUGACGGACGCAGCUCUGCAGCAUUCGUGUCUCAAGCGGUUGGUGGAGAAGAUGUGCGAGACGCAACAGAACGCCGAACUCAUGAACCUUCCAUUUUGCCACCUGCACGACUCUGUGGAUAGGAUCCUGGAACAGAAGUGUCAGGCGGCGGCGGCGGCGGCGGCGGCGGUGGACUCGACCCAGGCCGGGCGCGGCGUCCCGUGGCACCAGGUCCUGUACGCGUGGCGGGUCCACCACAACGACUUCAAGGGGGCCGCGGCCGCGCUCCUCGACAGGACCAAGAAGCUCAAGAAGCUGGGCGAGGGGGACAAGCUGCUGGGCGACGACGUGCUAGACACGCCCGUCACGAGGCAGUACCUGAUGCUCAUCAACGCCCUCAGCUGUGUCGAGCCCAAGGAUGCCUGGAUCGUGUCGGAGGAGGAGGCCGGCACCCACGGCAAGGUCGCGACGAGCGGCGUGGACGUGUACGAGUCCAUCGACCUCCUGGCCGGCGCCGGGACCGGCGAGGCGGCGGACCUCAGGGCACUGGCCGCCAACCUGAUGCCCGCCGACGUGGACCGCGCCUGGAGGCGGGUCCUGAGCCUGGCGGACCUGAGGAGGGACUACCAGGGCGAGCUGGACCGGAUAGCGGCGAUCCAGAACAACCAGUUCGACUUUGCCGUCGGGGACGAGGCCAUGGACGAGUCGUGAUUUGCGCGGAGCGUGUAAUGCGUUUUUAACAAACUAUGUCUUUUUUUCUUUCUCAUGGGUGGGGAGGGACGGCGGAUACGUCGUGGAUACAUGUCUGCCUGUUGUUGAAAGUAAUAUCUACGAUGUCCCGAGGCGUAAAAUGGACUUUGGGAUUUGAUGGCUUUUUACGUGAUGAUAUCUUGAUGAAUUUUUACAUGAGUCUUCGUCGUUAAAAUGUCCGCUACAAAAGAAUCAACACAGCUGUGUUCGGGA